UUCAUCAUCACCAUUGCAAUAAUUGUGUUAUAAAUCAUUUAUAAUUUAUAAUUGUGGAUCAGUAAAACCAAACCCACUAUUUAUUUUUUCGUCUCCAAUCAGGUUUUAGUCUACCAAAAGCAAUAUAAAAUUACAAUUAUAACCACUGCUUUGGCCAUAUAAUACAGUGGUGGAGUCAUUUCCUCUUCUUAUGCAUCUGCAUUUGAGCUUUCAGGUAUUCAGAUAUUGGUCUGAACAGUUCAUGCUUUGACAUUGUUGCAAGCAUCUAAAUUAUCUAUAGAUGGGGUCUGAAGGACCUGCUCCUCCAGUGACAAUCCAUGUGACUGGAUUUAAGAAGUUCCAUGGAGUUGCAGAAAAUCCGACAGAGACAAUUGUUAACAAUCUUCAAGACUAUAUGGUAAAAAGGGGUUUUCCAAAAGGGUUGAUCCUUGGUAGUUUCACCAUUCUUGAUACUGCAGGUCAAGGAGCUCUUGUUCCUCUAUGUCAAACACUGCAAUCUGCUGUGAACCAGGACGUCAAUGUAUCAAAUCCUAGGAGAAUAAUUUGGCUACAUUUUGGAGUUAAUAGUGGUGCAACAAGGUUUGCCAUAGAGCAUCGAGCUGUCAAUGAAGCUACAUUUCGUUGCCCUGAUGAGAUGGGAUGGAAACCUCAGAAAGUCCCCAUUGUUCCUGCGGAUGGUGCGAUUUCACGAAUACGAGAGACUUGCCUUCCUGUUGAGGAUAUUACCAAUGCAUUGGCAAAGAUGGGUUAUGAAGUGACGACUUCAGAUGAUGCUGGCCGAUUUGUUUGCAAUUAUGUAUACUAUCAUUCCUUGCGGUUUGCGGAGCAGAAUGGAAUUAAAUCACUAUUUGUACAUGUUCCCCUGUUCUUGACUAUUAAUAAGGAGACUCAAAUGCAAUUUGCUGCUGCUUUAUUGGAGUUACUUGCCUCUUUAUAUUAGAUCUUAUGCUGUCUUCUCAAAAUGUUUAUUGCUGGAGCAAUAUUUGAAAUGCAAUUUGCUGCUGCUUUAUUGGAGUUACUUGCCUCUUUAUAUUAGAUCUUAUGCUGUCUUCUCAAAAUGUUUAUUGCUGGAGCAAUAUUUGAAUAUGGACGUAAGAGUCUGUGGAGUACCUUAAAUAAAAAGUAAAUGCAAAUUGUAAAAUUUAUCUACAA